AUGGUCAAAUCAGGUAUUGCCAAAUUUGUCGUAUUACCUAAACUCGUCAAGAGUCUUCUAUCACUUUCACAUGGUAAUGCCGAUGUUGAACGUGGCUUUAGUCAAAACGCAGCACUAAUCACCGAUGAUCGAUCAUCUAUAAGUGACAUCUCCAUCAACAGACUUCGAGCAACGAAAGAUGCCGUCAAAUUUUACAGACGAGGAAAAGUUCAUGAAGUUCCAAUUUGCAAAGGACUUCAUGACAAUGUAAAGGAAGCACACUCACGAUAUCAAGUUGAUCAAGAAUUACCACGACGAAUACUCAAAGAAAAAGAAGCGAUUGUAGCUGCUGCAAAAUUAACGAAAAACAAACAACUAUUUUUGGUCGAAAAAGAACAGAAUUUAAUCGAUCAACGCAAGAUAUUACAAGAAGAUCUAGAAAAUUCAUCGAAAAUGCUCAAUGAAGGCAACUGA